UAUAGGCGUACUUGGUAAUACUACCCUAUUAUAUUUUGCAGAUUCUUAAAGCUAACUUUUACAAUAUAAACUCUUGCAUUAGUCUGUUUUGUGCAAGCAAAUUAUUGAUCAUAAAAGAAGAUAAUUUCAUUGCGUUUUAAAACUUUUCUAUUCUUUGAUUCUUUCCACUUUCCAUAGUUACCACUUACCAAGCAUGUUAACAACCUAAAAUAAUAGGCUUUCUGAUCAGAAAAAGAAAGAAGUACUCAACGACUUAAAUUAAAAUACCUGCAAAUGUAUACCAUAUAUAUAAUUGGGAAAUUAUAUCUAAACUUAUACGCUCAGUGUGCAUGUAUUCAUGCAGUGGUCUAAUUGGGCAAAUAUAUGUCAUUGAAAUACGGUAAUAAAUAGUCGAGGGAGGUUAUAGGAUCCCCGCAAAGUUGAAGCGUGUUAUAGCAAAUUUCGCCAAAGUCUAGAUAUGUUUUGAACCUUUUUUCCUAUAUAAUUCAUGUAAAAUCGAUGUAUACAUUUUAUACUCCUAAAAAUGAAAAGCUGGCAAUAAUGACUGAUACCAAAUCUACAUGAUAUACUAUAAUCUAAACAUUCUUUUUAUAGAGAAAAGAAAGAAUCCAUAAAUGGAAAAACCAAAAGUGCAAGAUGGCAAAGCCAUAUUAAGUAACUUUUGCCAUAUUUAGAAAAUCCAAUAUUAUCUUUCCAAAUAAGGUAGUAUUAAUUAUUUAACCAUAUAUACUACAUAAGAUAUGAAUCAAUUCACAUUGGCAAUUAUAAAUUCAUUGGAUUUGUACAAAAAAAUUAAUCUCACAAAACUUUAUAUUCCUUUUCUUUCUCCUUUAUAUAAUUUUUUUUCUUAGGGUUUUUUGAGUUUGUAAGAAAAAAUGGGAAGAGGGAAAAUAGAGAUGAAAAAAAUUGAAAAUAUUAGUAGUAGACGAGUAACAUUUUCAAAAAGGAGAUCAGGACUUUUCAAGAAAGCAGAAGAAUUAUCAAUUUUAUGUGAUGCUGAAAUUGGUGUUAUUGUUUUCUCCGAUACUGAUAAGCUUUAUAAAUUUGCUAGCUCCAACUCCAGCAUGGAAAAAAUUAUGGAUAGAUAUACAGGUUGUCCAGCUUCUUCUGAUCAUACAUCAGUCCAAAAUGUAGCACAGUCUCUUGAAGUGAAUGCUUUGAAAGAUGAAGUUGCAAGGUUAAGACAAGUUACUGGGAGGAUGAUGGGAAAGGAACUAGAUGGCUUGGGCUACAAAGAGUUGCAGCAGUUAGAACAUCAACUAACUGAAGGCAUUUUAUCUAUUAAGAAUAAGAAGGAACAAGUACUAUUGGAGCUACUUCAAAAAUCAAAUAUGCAGAUUGAGGAACUUGGAAAGAAAAGUUCUGGUGGAAGUUCAACAGUGAUUUGUGAUUACAAAUCAGUCAGAGAAGAAAUUUCAGAUACUUCUUUGAGCUUAGGACUAUCAGUUGCUACAAGUCAGCAGAAAAAAAUACCAAAGAUUGAAUGCACUUCUAAUGAUUCUGGGAAAUUAAUGAUUUUAGAUUAAUAUUUUCUUGAUCACAAACUUAGACAUUUUUCAUAAUAUAAUUGUUGUGUUUAAGUAUUUAGGCAUAUUCAGUAUUAUUAGAAAGUUGUAAGACCAUCACAUUAGUGAUGUAUGUAUUUUUAUGGGGUUUUAAUUUAGAAGUUUGUUAUUA